CAGAUAUACAGACAGACACUUUAAGGUCAUUCGUUGACAUUUCUGAAGAAAUAGUUGUAGUCGUAAUAUAUAUCUAUAAAAUUAUAAUUACAGACACCAGAGGGUAUUUCUUUCAUAAGCGGAGACCGUUCGAAAGUGUCUAUAUACUUCACAAGCUCUGGUGACAGGAUACAAAUACUAUUUGAGGAUUGUUAUACUUACUACUUACUACUGACAGUGAUCUAUAUAUAUAUGUAUAGCGUCUGAUUUAGAAACAUUCCAAAAAAAGCCUGUAAUCAAAAUGAAAUAUUGAUUAUUCACAAUAAAACAAAAAAAGAAAGAUUUAGCAUACAUUUUGGAGUUCAUUAAAUAAUAAUAAUAAAACUAUUUUUUAUCGAUCCAUUAAAAAAUUAUUAAUAAUUAAUUAUUUAAUUGAAUAACAAUAAUAAUAAUAAAAGGAAGAUUAUUAUAAACAUUCACUGUGAUCCGGAUUGAACAAUUUCAAGUUACAUAUAUACACAUAUACAUACAUAUAUUUUUAAAACAGAAAAAAUCAAUAAAUCAAUAAAAAGAAAAUAAUAGUAAUAAUAAUGAUUUCCCAAUAUACUCACUUUAUCCUUCCUUUCAUGUAUUCAGCUGAUCACAUUAUAACGACUAUUAAACAUUAUUGUCAACAAUAGUUCAAAUAAUAUUAAUAUUUCAUAAUUAUAGAAUGACAUUAUUAACUAUGCUUUUAUCGACGACACAUGUUACAUAAUCUGUACGCUUCAACAAAGUGCUAACUAGCAAAAGGGAAGCAAAAAAACGAAUAAUAUCAGAAAAAAUAAACUUUAAAAUUAUUGAUUAUCCAUAGAUAUUGGGAUCAACUUCAACUAUGUAAUUAGCAUCAUCAUCAAUAAUAUCAAUCAAUAAUUAAUCGAUAUUAUUAUUACAAAACAAUGAGUGAUAUUACCAAUAAUAAUACUGUUAUUGUUCAAAAUGGUACUGUUGGCUUGAGUACCGGAGCUUUGGUUGGCUUAAUCAUUGGUCUUGUGAUUAUUUGUACAAUAAUCAUUGUCGUUGUAUACUGGUGUAUACGUCUCCGACAUUUCUACUUGAGUCAAAGACACACUAAAAUGUAUGAUCCAGAUGUCAUGAUACAACCUGGUCAACCACGUCCAAGUAUUAUCAGUGGUGCAGUGCAUUUUCCAAGUACAGGUCUACCAGAAUAUCGACGUCCUUCAUCCUCUCUGUAUAAAUCUACAUCACAGAGUAAACCACCCGUGUAUCCUGGAGAUACAAAUGAUCCAGCAGAUGUCGGAAAACGUCCUCCACUUUAUCCGAAUUUAAAUCAAGAUGGAUAUCUUAAUAAUAUCAAUAAUAGUAAUAAUAAUAAUAAUAAUUUUAUAAAUGAGACUCCAUUGAAACACACUGCCUCCAUUGGUGGUGGUGGUGGUUCAGUCAAUGCUGCGGUUAAUUUAAGUCCUGUGGAAAAAAGAAAUUCAGACAGAUUUUCACAAGGGUUACAAUCACCUAGUUGGACAGAUCAUCAUUACUACAAUACGCAUCAUUUCAACUCGGAUGGAUUACCCUUCAAUUAUUCUGCCUAUCACCAGCAUCAUCAGCAUCAUCAACAAGAUCAGCCAAGCAUAGAUGAAACACACAUCAAUCAUUCAUUCCAUAUUGAUCCAUUAGGAGCAACACCGUCGUUUUCCACAGCGUCUACAGCUAAUUCUGUUGCUUCAUCGUCCGCUGGUGCCGCGGCCGCGGCCGCCGCCGCUGCUUCUGCAUUCGCUUCACGUUCCAGACUCAAGUCAAUCGCAUUCAUCUCACAGAUAAGCGCCUUCGGCUUAAAGAAUAAACGACGUUUUUCACAUUUAACACAAAAGUCAACAAAAGUGAAAGAUAAAACAACAUCAACAACAGCAAUAACAAGUAGAAGUAAUCUUCAUGGGAAAGGGAAACACUCCAGUGAUGGUCAAUCGAAUCCAUUAUCAGUGACAGAAAUUUAUGGUAAUGAAUAUGAAGGUUAUUAUAAUGCUAAUAUGCAAUCAGAUAAUUUGGAUUUCAAUACAAUGGAGUCAUUGGAUAAUGAUUACUUUCUGUAUAGUUUACAAGCAGCUAUAUUCCAUGGUCUCAUACCUUCUAGCCAAUCAAAUAAUAAUAAUAAUAACCAGUAUACUUUCCAUGAUACAGACAAAUUUCAAUUUCCCUAUACAAGAACAAGUAUUAUUCAUGAAGAGUUUGAUCCAUCAUUUGGUGAAGAUUUAGGCCUUGGCAAUAGUCGUGUCUCUUCUACCCUCAGUGCAUAUUCAUCAUCAUCGAAUAGAAAUUCAAAGACAUUUUCACCUGAUUUUAUGAAUAUAAGUAAUGCUAGUAAUGCUAGCAGUAAUAGUCGGUUUAAAUUUCCACCACCUGGUCCACCAGUGGCUGGUUGGGUUAACCAGUUUAUUUUACACACUGGUCCACCAGAAAAUACCACCAUAUUGACUACAAUACCACCGCCUCCAUCAACACGAAGUGAACGGCGAUUGUCUCAUUCACAACACCAACAACAACAACAGAAGACGUCUUCGUCACUAAUCAAUAGCCCAGUGAAUAAUUCAUCAGUUACCGUGAUUGACAUCGCUGAUUUGUCAACGAAGAUGUCUAUUACUGCUUCUGCUGCCAGUGCUGCUCUUGUUGGUACGAUGAAAUCAUCUCCAGGGAAUCGGUGUAUUUCAUCCGUACCACCUUCACCACAACACAUUCCAUUCCAGUUUGUUCAUUCUUCACGUUCACUUGGUUUAACUUCUUCAAGUAUUAUUCCACGAAGACAUGCAGCUAAGAAGUAUUCUUUUCAGGAAUCACCCAUUAUAAGUAAUACGAAAAAUUCAGUUGUACCAAAGUUAGAUUUAUUAGUAAAGUCAAAUAACUCUUCUAUUGUUCUGACUAAUACAGCGGUAAACAAUGACACUGGAUUAUUUAUGUUAUUCAAUGAGAACACUAAUACUACUAAUAUUACUAAUAAUACUACUAACAAUGACGACAACAAUCCUACCACGAAUAACAAUAACAAUAAUGAUAAUAAAAAUAGCAAUGAAGAUGACGAAAUGCCUAGCCAAUCUCAGCAGAGUCCAAGCAGCUAUACAGAUGGGAACUAUUGUGAUAGUGGUUAUCAGGAUUCAGUCAUCAUCGCUGAACAAUCUUUAUUAUCCUCCUUAUCGGCAGAGCAUUCACUCGAUUUACAAUUAUCUCCAGUAUUACUUAUAUCAGAAAAUCAAUCAACAAUCGAUUUAUUAAAUAAUAAUAAUAAUACUAAUAAUAGUAACAAUAAUAAUAAUGAUGAUCAUAAUAUUAUAACCCCUGAUGACAACAUGAUCCCACUAUCUAAAAGUACAGACACUACACUGAGAGAUCAGUUGACCGAGGACAGCACGAAUACAAAUACUGCCAAUCUGAGUAAAAGUCUUCAGUUUACUUAUUCAAAGUUAGAUACACCAAAACCUCUCCCCAUCUCAUCACCAACAUCCCCAUUGAUAUCGUCAGCAUCCUCACUAUCGAAUAAUUCAACAAGUACAAUGGCAAGUUCAACAAAUAGUAAUACUGUAAUGCUACUUCGUGAUAAUGCCGUCUUAUUUCAUCUUUUCACAAUGCAUAUGGGCCUUUCAAUCGAAAAUUAUACAAUUCAAAUAUGUCUACCGCUUUAAAUAUUCCCAAUACUAAUCACAGCCUAACCAAUCCCAGUCAACUCAGUCAACUUGGUUAUCGUUCACCCAGUGAUCCAGAUGUAUUUCUCACUUUCUGUGAAGAUUCAAUAAGAAAAUCAUCCGGUAUAAGACAACCAAUUUCCCAGGCUAAUCGACAUUUACAUCAUGGUGAGAAUCAGCCUUCAUCGACGUCACCACCACCGAUACCGAUGUCUAUGCCACAAUGCCAACCGCCAACAUCUAACAUCACUUCUACACGUGGUGGUAAUUUCGCUCCAAACGGUAUGAUGAAAUUAAUGAUGAUGAGCACUUUAUCAGAUUCAUUUAAAUAUCAUCUUACUCGACAGAAAUCAGAAGGUCAACUGCUGACAGAUCGUCAUGAUUCAUUUGAUGAAGUUCUAUGGGAUUUACAACCAACUCCUUUAUACUGAGAAGAAAUAACGCGGGUGGGGGAAUUCAAAUUAUAUUCAUCCGUUCAAACAAAAAGAUACGCAUAUAUUGAACAUUGAAUUGAAACAGUAAAACUAUUGAUUAAAGAAUAAUUGAUUAGGUGUGAGAUGAAGAUUCUAGAACAUUGAUUAAAAUAUCUAUGCAUCUAUCUAUCUAUCUAUCUAUCUAUCCCAACUGUCAUAACCUUUUUUCUAUGCUAGGGAGAAGAAAUGUCCUAUAUUUCAUUGACACUGUGAUAAAUUCCCAGAAUUCAUCAGAAUUUAUUCCCACCAGUUUUCUAAAUUAUGUUAAACCCUGUCUCUAUUAUUAAACUAACAUAUGAGGUCUAACAACAUCUGACAGUGAGGAAAUGUCAAUAAAAUUUUUUAAAAAUGAACUGAAAACCUUUUUUGUCCCGCUUCCCUUCCUCCCUUCUUUCAUUUCAUCACCGUUUGACAUUGACACUGGUUUUCAAAUUGCUCACAUUAUUCAACGAUGCAUCAUCCUGUUUUCCCGCCUAUUUCAUUGUUUCAAUGACAAUAUUGAAUAUAUAUAUAUAUAUAUAUACAUAUAAUUUAACUAAACUAUAUAAACGCUCAAUAUUUAACUUUGUUUGUCACCGGUGCUCUGGCACGUUUUCACACACAUAUACAACACAUAAAUUAACUAACCAACUAACCAACUCGUUAACUAACCAUGACGUUAAUAAAUUCUUCCAUCAUUUAUAACUCUCUCUUGUAUCUCUCACUUUUCCGAAUUUUUCCAUACUUUUUAUUCAACAUUCAAUUGUUCAAGCAUAUAUAUAUAUAUGUUGAGUAGCGCAGUUGAUUAAGAUUUAAACAAGAUUGUGAAUGAGAAUGCCUAUGUUUUAAUCGAGACUUUAUAUUACCUGGUUACUGUAUUUGUAAAAUAUUACCAUUAUAUACCUCCCACCCCCCACCCCCACCGAUUUAUUACAUCAUCACCAGUAUCAUCAUAAAGCACUACUCCCAUCGGACAUAUGCCCAUAUACAAUAUAUAUAUAUAUAUAUAUACAU